AUGCGUCGGACCGAGUCGCGCGUCUCGGCCGUCUCGGAGCUGGUGUACGCCGUCUCGCGGCUGCUCUCACUGGCCAACCGGCUGCUGAGCUCCCCCUCUGGCCAGCCGCGGCUGCCCGAGGUGGCCGGCCGGCGGCUGCGCGCCUGGCUGGCCCUCACGGAGUACGUGGAGGUGUUUCUGGAGCUGGCGGCCGGCCAGCUGCUCGGACCGACAGGACGCUGGGCCGUCAUCGCUGCAGUGCAGAUCGCAAAGGCGCUGAUGCGGCUGGCGCUCGUCUACUGGCACCGCUGUGGCAUGCUGACGUCACCGCCGAUCGUGGCCGAACAGUCGGCAACGUGCGGCGCCGCCUCGUCCAGCGACCCGUCCGCUGACGAGGUGCUCGUCUUGCCCAGCACCGGCCGCCGCGUGCGCAGCCUCACCACAGUGGCGUCCCCGGCGCGGCGGGCGUGGGGCGUGCCGCGGCCGCCUUCCCCGCUGGGUAUCGUACCCCGCCAUCUGACCGCCCGCCGGCGCGCCGCCGAGACGCUGUUCAUCUGCCGGCCGCUGCUGCAGCUGGCGUCGGCCGGCGCGCGCGGCGCCGACAGCUGGCCCGCCUGGCUGCUGCCGCUGGUUGCCGACAUCGCCAGCCAGCAGCUGCACGAGGACCCGGCCCAGCCGCUCACCCACUCGGAGCGGGCCGAGCUCUACUCGCGCCGGCUGCAGCUGCUGCUCUACCUGCUGCGCUCGCCGUUCUACGAGCGCCACACACGCGACCGGCUGGUGGCCGUGCUGGCGGCGCUGGCUCGACACAUGCCGCUGGGCCGCUACCUGGCGCAGCCGCUGCUCGAUUAUCUGCCGGCCUGGCAGCGAGUCUACUUCUACGUGUGGUGAGAGGGACGCGAGAGGUGCCGGAAGGGGGAGAGAUGGUCCGAGCUUCGGGGUGACUGAGGUGCCGGAGAUCGGAUGGAGACAGUUUAGAGGAACGAUUUUUGGUGAGCUGGAUGCAAGAUAUGGCACCUUUGGCAGUCGGGCAUUUAGAGGCUUUGCAAGCAGAAGUGACAGGGUAUGUCUAGCGUUAUGGUUACGUGGUCCAAAACAACCAUUAGUGUAAUGAAUUUGCACUCAGAGUUGCGCGAUGUGUAUUACUCACGCAUCACAGGCUAGCUAAAGGUGUGGUAUGCUGCUUUUGAAGCUAUGUUGAAAUUUCCGACCUUUAUCACUGCUAGUAGUUUGAGAAUGUGAUUAAUCUCACAAAUAACUAUGUCGGAUACUCUACUGUCGAAGCUAGACAUAGUUUGAGGCUAUAUCACUAACUAACUAGCUUUAGAAUGGGAUGUUAGUAUGAACACUUGUUACUACACUUGAACACUUGUACAAUGCUAUCUCUACCCGCAAUGUAGAAAGAUCCAAAGUCGUCGAGCUUUGUUUUGUCCGUUGCUUGAUAAACAUUUGUUGUACCCAGUUCGUCGCAAGGCAGAUGAGUUCACAUUCCGAUUUUGGUGGAAUCAUAUACUGCACAUUAAUCGAGAUUCAGUUGACGUUUUGUUGGCAUAUAAUCGUGAUUAGUGGUUGUUUGUUAAAUGUUUUGUUGUCAGGCUGUGUGUAAUGUUCGUUGUGAAGCGUCCUCACUCUGUAUUGUUUUCUGGGUCUCGUGUCAGCGUUUGUACUCAUGUACGUGAAAGAAAUGUUCUGGGGCUGUGUUCGCAUGCGUCAGGUAUGGUUUUGUAUGUCAUUACUGUGUGGUGAUUGUAUUGGACAGUGAACACAUGCACAAAUGUUGAAACGCUACGUGGCCUAGUGGACCGUCGUUGCAGCUGAUGGUGUAAUUAGCAUUUCGACUCGGCUGCACCUGAGUGAUGUUGCGUGGUUUCAUGUUGUACAUAUGGGCCAUUUCGUACCGUAUUGUUUACGAUAUUGAGGGGUGUGAUGGGCCGUGUCGACCUUUGGGAUGUCAGGUCACCCUUUUAUGGCGAUUAUAAGCACAUGAUUUUAGACCGAUAAAUAUAUGCUGCGAUCUUCACUC